AUGGUCACAUCAUUCACAACACACAGUCAAGAUGCUGACCACUUAGCCAUAGAAGUUAUGAAAGUCAGAGAAGAGAUCAAAUCCAGUGUCGCAAACAAUCGCGGAAACCCAGGUCAACUUUUGAGUGAUAACCUAUCGAAAUAUCCAGUAGGUGUACGAGUUGCUGCUGGUAAGCCAGACCCAUUAAAACGUGCCAUUAAACGAAUUCAACGUGAAAAUACAUCACCAGAACCAGCAAAUGUAACAGAAAUACCCGAGAUUCCUGCAGAGUGCACAACCACUGGUGGGAUGGAUAAUAUACCAUUCUUACUUUAUGACAAUUACGAACCAGAUCAGGAAAAUGAGAACAUAAUUGUAAUAUUUGGAACUGAGUUGGGAUUAAAGCAUUUAUGUGACAGUGAUAGAUGGUACAUGGAUGGAACAUUUGGAACCGCUCCUAAACGAUUCAAACAGCUGUUCAUCAUUAGAGCUGCUGUCAGUGACGUGUACGCGACGUGUGUGUAUGCAUUCCUGCCGAACAAACAACAGUCUGCGUAUGAAAAUGUGUUCGGCGCUGUGAUGGAUGCUUGUGACAGAUAUGAACUCACACCAAAUCCAACUUCAGUCUCUUGUUACUUUGAAAUAUCAAUCCACAGAGCUAUAAACACUAUGUUAGGUCCUCAGAUCAGCAUCCAGGGUUGUUUUUACCACGUAACGCAGUCAACAUGGAGAAAACUGCAAAGUGACGGUCUGUCGGUUCUGUACAAAGAAGAUGAGUCUAUCAAACACUUCUGUGGAAUGAUCGAUGGGUUGGCAUUUUUGCCAACAGACUGUGUACAGGAGGGUAUGCGGUACCUGCGCUCAGUUGUGCCAGAAGAACUCAGUGAAAUAUUGGAAUAUUUUGACACUUAUGUUAGUGGCCCUUACCAGUCAACCCGGGGGUCAAGAGGAGUGAUCAAAGUUACCCGAACAAACAAUCCCAGGUAUCCAGUUGAUAUGUGGAAUGUGAAUGAAGCGACUCUGAAUGACGAGGUACGUACCAACAAUAUUUGCGAGUCUUGGAACAAUGGAUUCGCCUAUCUCGUAGGACAGAAGAACCCCAGUCUGUGGUAUUGUUUGAGUAGCAUUCAGAAGGAUCAGAUCAAUGUGUUGACAGAACUUGAACGGUUGAGACAGGUUGAUCAAGUGAAGAAACGGGUGAGGAGGGAAGUGAAACAGUACCAACAGAAGUUGAAGAGUCUGUGUCAACAGUUCUCUAAGGGAAAGACGACUGUCUCUGCAUUUCUGCAGGCGCUUGGACAUUUGAUUAGAUUUAAGUAUUGGUGCCAAUGUAAGUUUUGA